AGAAAAGCAUAUAAGAUAAACAAGCCUGCUAUAUAUAAUAGCAAUCAGAAGAUGCUGUAUAGAUUCCUUACUCACUGCAGAGCAUACUUUUUAUACUAUACAAUUCAGUUUACUAAAGAAGCUAGAAAGAUUAUCCUUGCAGAGACUUAUCUUAAGAAAGAUGCUCUUAUCUAA